ACCAUCUGAUAAAUUCAAUCAUGAACAAGACAUUUCAUAUGUAGUAGCACUACAACUUAACAAAUUCUACCUAUAACCCUGUUGUGUGUAUUAAUCAUAAAUCUUUUUUCAUACCCUAUAACUAUAAGUCUAUAUAAUCUGUCUCUACCCACUCAUUCAUUCAUCUGAAUUGAAAAUGUAUUCCAGAGCUGCACCGCCACACAUGCUAGUGUUAGCAAUAACAUUGGUGUUGGUUAUGCAUGCAAAGGGGGAGUCAGCUCAAGAGAAACAGAAAUGUGCAGAAUCACUGACAGGGGUUGCAACGUGUCUGCCAUAUUUGGGUGGUGAGGCAAAAGCACCAACAGCAGAUUGUUGCAGUGGUCUCACACAAGCCUUGAAGAGCAACAAGAAGUGCAUCUGCGUUAUUCUCAAAGACAGGGAUGAUCCUGACCUUGGCUUGAAGAUUAAUAUUACAAUUGCUGUUGGUCUCCCCUCUCUUUGCAAAACACCUGAUAAUCUCUCCCAGUGUCCUGCACUUCUGCACUUGGAUCCUAAAUCACGUGAAGCCCAAGCUUUUAAUCAAAAGGGUCAGAACUCCAAUGGUGACUCUGCCAGUCCUUCUCCCAGUCCCUCUGGUAGUGAUCCUUUCAAAGAAAUAUUCGUUUUUGGAUAUUACUUUUGA